ACUACGGCUGACCCCUCCGGUUUCUGCGUGCGGUGCCACGUUAGUAGCGGUAGACACAAAAAAAAAUACCAGCUACUCUCCCAAGCCCUUUUUUCAACGAGGAAGAAACCCGUCAACUCGGACCGAUCAACCGCCCCCCCUCCCCCCAACACACACACACACACACACACACACAGCUUUAACCGCAGUCCAACGUGUCCGCAGCUGUCGCCUCUCCGUCGGGAAGAAACACCUUCGACUGCAACUAUGUUGAAGUUUGUGCUCCUCUGCACGCUGGCCGUGGCCGGCAGGGCUGAGGUCGCCGAGGAGGAAGACGUCCUGGUGCUGAAGAAAAGUAACUUCGACGAGGCUCUCGAAGCUCACCCCGACAUCCUGGUGGAAUUCUAUGCCCCAUGGUGUGGUCACUGCAAGGCCCUGGCUCCAGAGUUUGCCAAGGCGGCCAGCAUGCUGAAGGCCGAGGGGUCAGCGAUCCGCAUGGGUAAAGUGGACGCCACUGAGGAGACCGAACUGGCACAAGAAUAUGGCGUCCGGGGAUACCCUACCAUCAAAUUCUUUAAGGGUGGAGAGAAGGAGUCACCCAAAGAGUACUCUGCUGGUAGGCAGGCUGAUGACAUGGUCAACUGGCUGAAGAAGCGCACAGGCCCAGCCGUCGCCCCCCUGGCCGGGGUCACUGAGGCCGAGUCGCUGGUCGCUGACAAUGAGGUGGCAGUCAUUGGAUUCUUUAAGGAUGCCGACUCUGCCGGUGCCAAGGCCUACGAGAAGGCAGCCGAGGCCAUCGAUGACAUUCCUUUCGCCGUGACCUCCGAUGAUGCAGUUUUCGCCAAGUUUGAAGUGUCGACGGACAGUGUUGUGCUCUUCAAGAAGUUUGAUGAGGGGCGCAAUACCUUCGAUGGAGAGCUGAGCAAAGAAAAACUCCUGGCUUUUGUCAAAGCCAACCAGCUGCCUCUGGUCAUUGAGUUCACUGAGCAGACUGCCCCCAAAAUCUUCGGUGGAGAAAUCAAGUCCCACAUCCUCAUGUUUCUGCCAAAAGCUUCUUCAGACUUCCAGGACAAAAUGGACCAGUUUAAGAAAGCUGCAGAGGGAUUCAAGGGCCGGAUCCUCUUCAUUUUCAUUGACAGCGAUGUGGACGACAACCAGCGUAUCUUGGAGUUCUUUGGCCUGAAGAAGGAGGAGUGCCCAGCCAUCCGCCUCAUCACCCUGGAGGACGAGAUGACCAAGUACAAGCCAGAGAGCGACUCCAUCACAGCAGAGAGCAUCACUGCAUUCUGCACACUGUUCACUGAGGGCAAACUCAGGCCCCAUCUCAUGAGCCAGGACAUCCCUGAAGAUUGGGACAAAACCCCUGUCAGAGUGUUGGUGGGCAAGAACUUCGAGGAGGUCGCUUUUGAUCCUACCAAGAACGUCUUUGUGGAAUUCUAUGCACCUUGGUGUGGACACUGCAAACAGCUGACUCCCAUCUGGGAGAAGCUGGCAGAGAAGUAUAAGGACAGUGCUGACACCAUUGUGGCAAAGAUGGACUCCACAGCCAAUGAGAUCGAGGCCGUGAAAGUCCACAGCUUUCCCACUCUCAAGUUCUUCCCCGCAGGAGAAGACCAAAAGGUGAUUGACUACAACGGGGAGAGAACACUGGACGGCUUCACCAAGUUCCUAGAGAGCGGCGGUAAGGACGGCGGCGCCCCCGCAGGAGACGACGAGGACGAGGAUAUGGAUGCAGAGGAUUUGGAUGAUAUUGAAGAACAGGACGAGGACUCUGAUGGUGAGGACGACGGACACGAUGAGUUGUAGGAGCCAGCAGAGGAGAGAGAGAGAGAGAGAGAGAGAGGAGACGAGUCCCGCCCCGCCCCGACCCUUCCAACCAGUCACCAUCACUACCUUCACCUCCUUGUGGACCUUCCCUGUCCUGUGAACAUUAAUACUUCCCCUUUAACUUCCUCUCGGUCAGUCAGCCGGCCUGUUAGCCAGCUCGCCACUCAGUCAGUCAGUCCAUCGGUGGCGCAGCAAGGCCUUUUUGCCAGCCACUUCUCCAACCUCGCAGCUUCUGGUCAGACUUUUCUUGUCCCACCUCUGGGGACUCUGGAACAGCACACCACCUGUAUGGGAGACCUCAAUGCCUUCUCUGCAAAGCUCCACAUCAGCUGUUUGCCUUGUAUAUUUUAAACCAAAUGUAAAAAAAAAAAAAAAAAAAAAAAAAAGAUAGUGGCAUUGAGACCCCAGUUUUCAAAAUGUUUGUCUGUCCUUAUAAAUUUGCUCCCCUCCUUAAAACAAAAAUCAUCUUUCCAUUGUUCAGUGUGGGUACAAGCUGAAUGAGUGUCGUAACUUGUUUCUGGGGAUGCCAGUGUUCUUCUCCCUCUGAUAGAAAUCCAGAGGACCAGAGUUUUGUGUGGUGGUUCGGUAAGGACUGAACUCUCAGGGGACAAGGGGCCAUCCAAUAGAUUUUUUUUUUGAUUUUUUUUUUUAAUUUUGCAAUGUCUUCACUAAAAUACACCCCACAGAGCUUGAGCUGUGGCACAAGGGCCCCCCAUCUGUAGCGGAGACAGGUAACUUUCUUUCUUUUGGUGGGUGAAGGGGGUUUACUUUGUUUCCAUGUCCUUCAUUCCCAAACUAUUUCCCGGUUCACUCUCCUCAUUUCAGCUCGGCUACUGACUAUUAUUUGGGGAAAUCCUAUAUUAUUUUUAUUUAAUUGCUUUCACAAUGAGGUUUUAUUUUUAAUUUGUUUUUUAUUUUAGACUUGUCAUUUUUUCAAUGAUGUACCAUGGUGUACCAGCUCUAGCCAGUUGGCCCUGUUGGGGCAGAGUUGGCCCUCGGACACACUCUCAGACCUUUGGAUGGUUUCUGGUGCCAGUUCUGAUAGGUCGCACUGCAUUCAUGCCUAAUCAGAGAUUCAUCGCGGUUACUAAAGCAGACAGAGAUUGGUACAGUUUGCUGGUCAGGUUGGUCUGAGAGAAGUGUCUUUUAUAUCUGAGAUGGGGAGGGAACAGUUGCACAGCCCCACCUCUCACCCAUACUGUACCUCUGCCAUCCCCUUUGGCUCUACCCAACACCCUUGUUGCCGCAGCGCUGUGAGUUGCGUGUGUGAAUGGUGUAAAGAUUGCUGUGUUGAGUUGGAUGAAUGGUCUGUAUUUUCUUGUUCAUGAACAGGAGAAGUGUGUGUGCGUGUGUGUGUGUGUGUGUGUGUGUGUUGUUUAGCGUGGAAGGGAGGCUUGAGUAGAGCAAGGUGAUGGGUUUGACAGCUGUACAGCAGUAAGGGGGAAAUUAAUAAAGCAUUCCAUCAUAUCCAAAUUGAUGUGGUAAACGUGAAAUGGUGGCCAAUAAACAAAAUACUAAAUAA